UAUACACUUUUCACUAUAACCCCAUUUUCACUGAAUCUAGUUUUUCUAAUUCAUUAUAUUAUUGUUGGAAAUAUUAACAUUAUGAAAAACAAUGUUUAGGCGUUGACUGACAAGGAGCUUAAAGAAAAAUUCGUAGCAAUAUUAAUGACUUGCAUGCAAGAUCAUCCUGUAGAUAUGACGGAAGCGCUUAAAUUGAAACAGCUGAUAGUUCCGACAAAACGGGAAGUCAAGUGUCUUCUGGCUUGUGGCUACAAGAAAUUAGGAACUAUGAAUAGCAACGGUAUGUAUGAUGUCGAAACUGGCUACAAGCUUGCCGAAAUGGUGAAAAGUGGAAAGGCAGAUGAUAGUAAAAGAUUUGAAAACGCAAAAAAAUUGGUUGAUAUAUGCAGCAAAGUAAACGACGAAACGGUUAGUGAUGGCAAAGAGGGAUGUGAAAGAGCUGCUUUAAUAUUUAAAUGCAGUAUUGAAAAAGCUCCGCAGGUUAGCUUCUUUUUUUAAUUAUUUUAACUUUCACCCUCAUCUACGAGACCUACUCGUACUUGUAAGAUAUCUGUCUGUCUGUAUGCAACACGUCAACGUACUGACAUUUGCUCACUCAACUUCAACAAAACCGAAUCUG